AUAGGCAUUUUCUCACAUAACCAUUCCCCUUUCCGAACAAAAUUUUGUAGGAUGAAUUUUAACAGGAAUGAGAAUAGAUUUUUAACAGGAUAACUGGAAAGAGAUGGCUCUCGUCUUUUUGGCAGAAGGAAAAUGACCCCUCACCGGAAAUUUUUCUGUUGGAAUCUCGGAGCAACUUUCUCCUCAUUUUUUCAUAUGGAACAAAUUUACUCCCUACUAUAGAACCGGGAAGUGGAAUAGAUUGAAGUUCAUUGGAUUGCCCUUAAUAGAUGCAGCGUCCUGUGUAAUUCAGUUUGUUUUUCAGCAAGACUUUCAAGAGGGAACCACAUAUUUCACCUUUCUUUCAAAUAAUUCAUUCCUAACUUUCGGGGAGCUUCAGUUUACAAGAUCUGUUCAAGUUGUGCAGUGGACCGAUGGAGCUCCAGCUUGGGAAGUUUAUUCUAAAAUGGUACAUCCACCAUGUGGACCUUCAACAAUCUGCAGCAAGAAUAAGUCCCCAAUUUACAGCUGCUUAACAGGGUUUGUGCCACAGUCUAGAGACAAAUGGAGCAAAGGAAACUGGACAGGUGGUUGUGUGAGGCGAACUGAAUUACUGUGUCAGCAAAAGGGAAAUAUAUCGUCUCAUGGAGUUGGACUGCAGGACGGAUUUUUGAAGUUUAGUGGACUAAAACUGCCUGAUCUUGCUGCUAUUUUUUGCCUUGACAGUGCAAGUGAAUAUGAAAAGAUUGUGUUUAAACAAUUGUUCUUGCACUGCUUAUGCUUAUGUGGCGGGAAUUAGGUGUAUGGUGUGCUCUGGUGAUCUUUUAGAUAUGCAGGAUUAUUCGUAUUCUGGGGAAGAUCUUUUCCUUCGGCUUGCCUACUUAGAAAUUUUUUUGGGGAAGAGGAGCAAUUUUGUUGGGAACAUUCAUCAUACAGAAGUCAGGAUGGAAGCCUUAGAUUCCAGUUCAGCUGAGUCCCAGCGCAGCUUGUAUCAGAAGUUUUCAUCAAUAUAGGCUUUUGCAUAUCAAGGCGAUGCAAGACGAUAAAGUUUCCACGUCAACGCCGUGCGAUGAGUCCAAAGUUAGAGUUCCUCACGUUCUGACGGUUGCCGGCUCCGAUUCCGGCGCCGGCGCAGGUGUUCAAGCGGAUAUCAAGGCGUGUGCUGCUAGGGGAGUGUAUUGCUCCACUGUCAUCACUGCUGUUACUGCUCAAAACACCGUAGGGGUUCAGGGUGUGAAUAUUGUGCCAGUGGAUUUUGUGGCGGAGCAGUUGAGGUCGGUCCUUUCCGAUAUGCCUCCCAAUGUUGUGAAAACAGGCAUGCUUCCGUCAACUGGCAUAGUGAAAACCCUCUGCCAAAGUCUGAAGGAAUUCCCCGUACAAGCCUUGGUGGUUGACCCUGUCAUGGUAUCCACAAGUGGACAUAUGUUAGCUGGUCCCUCUAUUUUGGAUAGCUUUAGAGAGGAACUUCUUCCCAUGGCUGAUAUAGUGACCCCAAAUUUGAAAGAGGCGUCUGCUUUACUAGGCGGUGUGCCAUUGGAAACAAUUGCUGACAUGCGUUUUGCUGCAAAAGCAAUACAUGACAUUGGUCCAAGAAAUGUACUUGUAAAAGGAGGCGAUCUCCCUGCUUCACUUGAUGCUGUGGAUGUGUUUUAUGAUGGGAAUGAUUUCUAUGAGCUUCGAUCCUCACGCAUAAUGACACCAAAUACUCAUGGAACUGGCUGCACUUUGGCUUCUACUGUUGCAGCUGAACUAGCAAAGGGUUCUCAAAUGCUUUCUGCUGUUAAGGUAGCUAAACGUUAUGUCGAAGCAGCCUUGUCGUAUAGUAAGAACAUUACUAUUGGGGGUGGUUGUCAAGGUCCUAUGGAUCAUCUUUUGAAGCUUAAGAGUACUGUUCAGCGACGACCUUUUGAUCCUUCUGAUCUCUUUCUCUAUGCUGUCACCGACUCCAGGAUGAACAAAAAGUGGGGUCGUUCAAUAGUUGAUGCGGUAAAGGCUGCCAUAGAAGGAGGUGCCACCAUUAUUCAGCUGAGGGAAAAGGAGGUUGAAACUAGUGAUUUUCUGGAAUCAGCAAAAGCCUGUUUAAAAAUAUGCCGAGUUCACGGCGUCCCUCUGCUGAUUAAUGACAGGAUUGAUGUAGCUCUUGCUAGUGAUGCUGAUGGUGUUCAUAUUGGGCAGUCUGACAUGCCUGCUCAAGUUGCACGGGCUCUUCUUGGGCCUGACAAAAUCAUUGGUGUAUCAUGCAAAACACCAGAGCAAGCUAAGCAAGCAUGGAGAAAUGGCGCUGAUUACAUUGGCUCUGGUGGUGUAUAUCCAACCAAUACGAAAGAGAACAAUAAGACGAUUGGUUUGGAUGGCCUAAAAACUGUUUGUCUGUCUUCCAAAUUACCAGUUGUAGCCAUUGGCGGCAUAGGCAUCUCUAAUGCUCAGGCUGUAAUGGGACUAGGGGUCCCAAACCUGAAAGGUGUUGCUGUUGUAUCUACUUUGUUUGAUAGGGAAUGUGUUUCGACUGAAACCAGAAAGUUACUUGAAGUGCUCAAGGAGUCAACCAAAAUAGCAAAUUGAAUGCUUGAGAUCACCACAUAUUCUCUUACAGGCAAAGCAACCCUGGUUUUUGUUACCAAAAUAUUUCUUCAUCAAAUUUUUGAACUAAACUGUGUCUAGAGAAGUAAAUGCAAGCAUCAGAGUUAUGAUA